UGAAACAUCCUCUGAUAAUAUUGCUUGGCCGGAGGUGUGCAUUUUUGUAAAAAAAAGUGCUGCUGUACCUAGUUUACAUUUUUCAAAAUAUGUACAGGUUGGUGAUUAUUUGUUGUGUUCUGUACAAGUUUUGUUUUUGUGUAACGAAUACGUCUUCGACCGUCGGGAAUUUUCCGGUCGCUACCACCGAAAAAUUUAGUGCAACCCCGGAAAAGACCAGGUACGAACAAGGUUUGGAGGAUUAUGAUGAAGAGCAACAAAGUAUGAGGCAAAGUCGAGGAAUGAUGAUGGAAGAUGAUACCAUAGACUAUCACGAUCACCACCACGAACACAAGGAAGAAAAAGAGAAACCAAAGGCUGUAGCAGAGGACCCCUGGCAGGGUUACUACGACUUCAUCAUUAACGAGGGAUCGUUUAAGUUUUGGGCCGUAUUUCAGUUGGUGACGGCGGCUUUGUUGAUUUAUUCGGCAUUCGCAGCCGUUUACUACGCCAAAUUCAACGUUAUCACUACAGAUUACGAUUAUUACGACGACUUUUACGGACGAGGGAGGUCCAACACGGAUUCGUCCAGUAUAUGGUCCGGAUUAUCGUCGCAGACGUUUCAGCGAAUAAUGGAUGCGUUGUCGUCGAAAAAAUAUUCGUAAAAUUAUCGAAGAAGAGUCAAUUACUUUGGUUUCGAGUUCCUAUAACGGGAUGAAAUACGUAGGUCGGUAUAGUUUGCUGAAAAGUGUACCAAAUAAUUCGGUUUUCGUUUCGGCAACUGUACCGACUGCAGCGUUUAAAAAAGUCGUUUAAGUGAAAUUAGAAAUGUUUUAACUUCAUUUGCGACUAUUUCGCGUUUUAUUUGAUUUAAAAAUAAAUUAAAUAAAUCAUUAGUAAGUAAAAUAAAGUAGCUUGGCUCUUCUAAGGCAAACGAUAGCAGUGAGUUGUGUUUUGUUUCUAUACUCACGGUUCUUCCGAUUCUAGUAU